AUGACGGUGCAGGAUUCAAACAGACUAUCAUCGUCGUAUGACCCUCCGUCCACAGAGAGGAAGCAAUGGUUAGCUAGGAACGAGAGGCUUGCUAUCCAAGCCAAUCAAGGUGCCCCCCAGAUAGGAAUCACUGGUAUUACCAAAUCAUUGCAGUUGACAGAGAGAGAUGUCUUCUAUUCCACGUAUUGGGAGGAUUGCUGCUUACCGGCCUUACACCCAAUGUUCCACUCUGUCACUCUGUUGACCGCCAAUUAUCCUAUCCUCAACGAUGCUAUCCUGGCUCUGUCCUCCUGCAACAUCAGCCGUCUCUAUAGUGAACGCAAAACAUCUUCCGCCGGACUGAUGGGACCGUUGAGUCCCAGUCUCAUCCAUCAAACAAGAAGUCAUUUGUACUACUCGUCGGCGAUCAGGAAACUAGCCACCAUGAAAGCAUCCGACUUUCGUCAAAAUGCCACAGUUGUAUUCAUUGUCCUUGUUCUAUUCGCUCACUUGGAAUCGGCAAUGGGCAAUUUCCAAGGCUUUUAUUGCCACGUGCAAGGGAUGAUGAAUUUUCUAGUUGGGUGGCGUGAAGGAGCCGGAGACGUGGCCAUCAAGCCCCUUCUCAAUUCAUGGAUGCAGACUCGGUACGUUGUGUGGUGGGCUCGUGCCUAUUUCAGCUCGUUGGAUAUACAUCAGCAGCUACCGUCGAUCCCCUUACCCAUCUCACUGAAAGAAGUACCCCGUACACUCCACGAACGACGUGUCAAGGUACUAAGCAUCAUGUGUGAAUCACAUCGACUGAACUUUAAGGCCGUGCUCCAGCAUUUCAGGAAUAUGGGGUCUGAAGAAAAGGUCAAACAUGAAAACUACCAGGGCUACGCUGAGUGCGCUUCCCUUCUGUGUCACCAGGCUAGGAAGUUAGACGAGUGGCUGUUGCAUCUUCCACCUUCUGAGCAACCCAUUUACGGACUCAAUGACACGAGCAGCACGACAAUCCAUUUCCUAUCUCACGACGCAGCGCUCAACUACGCCUACUAUGUAGUAGCGCGUAUAAUGCAGUGUACAGGUCUCUUGCAAGAACUACGCAGUCAAACCACUUCAGGUUCCGAAGAUGAGUGCUACCAAACGGAGGUUUGGGCGCAGACCUUAUUACAGAUUGCGCAAGGUACAGAGAUGCGAACUUCUAUCACCAGAAACAGUUAUACAAUCGGGUUCUCGGGCUUACUACUGGCGGGGAUUCUUCGAUGCCAAAGUCUUUCUGUCGGGUUGGAGAUCCAAAACUGGCUACAAGCGCUGCAGGAUCUGCAGCCAACAGAAGAAGGGGCUUUCCCAGUUUACCAGACCUUGAGUGUUGUCAAAGUCAUCAAUCAACAGAGGAUAGUAGGCCGAGACGUGUUUGCUGUCACGCAACUGGUGGACGAUGGUGGUGGAUACCCCAAGGUCACGGCCUACAAUAGCCAAUCUAUCAGCAGUCUCUUGUUUCAUGGCAGAUGUCGGAUAAGUAACUGUCUCUUCGAGGAAUGUAUCACCCUAAAUGUUUAG